ACGCUUCUGCCUUCCGGACCCAGAAUGCUUUGCGCGGGCCAAGAUGGAAGAAGCCAGCUGCAGCAGGAGAACAAUGUUUGUCUGUAGACAUUAAAACGGAGCGGCCGAGGGUGAACUAAGCGGGCCACAGCAGCGGGUCAUGGUCCUGCGCCGUCUUCCUGCACGCCAGCCUUCACCAUGAACAUCAUUCAAGAUAAACUAGGGAAUGAGUUCCUGCGCUCCAACGGCAGCAUGGACUCCAACUUCGGAGGCGGCAUGAUCAUGUUCAGCCAUCUGCCUCCAGUGACCAGCUUCGCCCGGCUGUCGGCCCACUCCGUCAUGCAGGAGCUCCCGCCGCAGGAUCUGAUCCUGAAGAGGGAGCGGGACUCUCCCGACUGCGGCCUGGGCGCCCAGGGCUGCCACCAAGGGGCCGCUGUGGUGGGGGACUAUGUUCACGCCAUGGGCAUCAAGCAGGAGAAGCAGUCGGAGCACGACUAUCGCCUGCCGCUCUACCCCGGGGGUCUGGGGAAGAGCGGGGAGCUGCUGGAGGUGACUGUAGGGAACAACCAGAAGCUGCUGGUGUGCGACCUCAACAUCGGAAACCUGUCAAAUCAGUUGGAAAAGGAGGCCACCGCGAGGAAAGGUCGGAGGUCAAACAGUGAUGGACAUGAGGGUAAACCUAGAAAGAAGAGAAACGGGGCAAAGCAUUCGAUGAUGGAUGCAGAUGGUGGCAGCCUGUCUCCGGGAACAAAGUCUCACAUCUGUGAACAGUGCAGCGCGUCCUUCAGAAGCUCCUAUCACCUGCGCAGACACGUCCUCAUUCACACAGGUGAGAGACCCUUCAGAUGCAGUCAGUGCAACAUGAGCUUCAUCCAGAAGUAUCUGCUCCAGCGGCACGAGAAGAUCCACAGCGGAGAGAAGCCAUUCAGCUGUGACCAGUGCAACAUGCGAUUCAUCCAGAAGUACCACAUGGAGAGACACAAGAGGACGCACAGCGGAGAAAAGCCAUACAGAUGCGAGACCUGCCAGCAGUAUUUUUCUAGAACGGAUCGACUUCUUAAGCACAAGCGAACCUGCGGAGAAGCCAUUAAAAAGGAGCUGGAUGCCGGGAUGAUGGAUCUGGGCUUUGUGGACAUGGGACAGGGCAGCUACGGGAUCACUCAGGGAAAUGUCGGGAGCACCGGCCGCAAGAAGGGAAAGUCGAAAGGUUCUGCAGCCGGAGCGGAGCGCAAGAAGAAGAAGGGAGACGGAGGAGGCGCGAGGGAGUCGCACGUUCCCGGAGCUGUAUCUGGAGGCUACAGCAUCUACGAAUACUCCGUGGAGAGUCCCACCGUGUCUUCCUCUACUGAGCCCGGGCCCAGCAUGCAGCAGGCGCACCAGGGCCAGGGUCCCAAGAUGGCCUUCAAGAAGGCCAAUCGGAAGAGCCUGAGCAAAGGCGGUGUGGGCCACGUCAAAGCCGGGCUGUUGGAGCAGGGAGGCCUCGGCUUGAUGGAGGGCAGCGAGGCUAAAGUGGAGUCCACCAGCAGCAACUACGACGACGCCAUGCAGUUUGUGAAGAAGCGGCGCUACCUUCAAGCAGCGGCCAGCGCAGCGCCCUCCGGGGCCGCGGCGCCAGGAGGGGCCGGCGGCGACUACGACGUCAGCGUCCACUUGUCCUCGCAGCCGCCGUCCCUUCAGGGCGGGCUCUCAGGCGUGAUGGACGGCGACGCCCCUCUGAAUCUGGAGAAGUCGGGGAUCACCGACGAGGUGCUGCAGAGCCUCCUCGACCACUACACGCAGAAACCCGACAUCCACUUCGACAUGGGCGACCAACACGUGGACCUGAGCCCCGCCUCGGCCAGCGGCUCCGACGCCAACGCGCCCAGCCCGUCGGGAGACAAGACCUCGGUGAUGCACGAGUACUCCCGCUUCCUGCUGCAGGCUCUGGAGCGGACCAGCCACAGUGCCAGUUUCUCCCUCCCCCCUUCCUCCGGACCCUUCGCCAGCUCCCACGCGGGAAGCCCCCUGUAUGCCGACAAGAACAUCUACAGCGCGUAUCACCUGGAGUGCGGCUUCGGCCAGCCGGUGGCGUCGCCCUCGCUGGCCUCCUCCGUGCCAAAGUCUCACUUCGCCAUGCUGAGCUGCUCUUCGCCGCAGCACGGCUUCGGCCUGAGCGGCCUGGAGGCCUCCUCGCACCAGCAGCUCACCCCGUCUCAGGAGCUCACCGAGCAGCUGGAGAAGCAGCACUCCUCCACCCCGCCCUCGUCCUACCAGAUCAGCCCAUCCGACCUGAGCGGCCAGAAGGAGCGGUCGGCGGUCAAAGGCGACUCGGCCUCGGUCUACCCUCUGGUGCCCUCGCAGGAUCUGGCCUCCCUGGACUCCAAGCCUUCCUACCAGAUAGAAAACUUUGCCCAGGCCUUCGGCUCCCAGUUUAAAGCGGACGUUCACGGUUUGUCUUACAGCACUGACUCCGGCGGGGAGGUGGAUCACAGGAUAAGGACGCCUGUGUCGGAUUUCUCAGGGUAUAGUUUGUUAUCCGAUGUCAGCGAGCCAGUAAGUACCGGUUCCAAAACGCCAACAAGCCAAAGCUACAGAUGAAGCCUGAGAGAGAACGUUGUUGUUUUAACGGUUCUUAUUUUAAUCUUUUCUGCUCCAAUUUUAAUAAUCUUUUUUUUUUUUUCUUGGUGACAUCUAUAUUUUAUUUCCACUGAUCUGUCUUUACGCCUACUCCUCUCCAUGCAAUAAGCCCGCAAAGGCGUCUCGCAAAUGCAAUUUUUGUCCGACAUGUUGAGUACAUGCAAUACCGUCGGCUGGCGUCACAGCAGUGCCAGUAGGUCGGGUCUUUAUUUAUAAAUUCAAAGGACUAUUCAAGCAACUUUCAGCAAGAGCAGUACAUUUUCCACAUCCAAUGAGCCGACUCAACUCUGCGAGUGUUUAAAAUGAGAAAUCAUGGCAGGGAAACGCCCAGAACUGAAGUGGCAAAAAAAAAAAAAAGGACAUAAUACAUAAAGUCAAAGGUAUUACUCAGGAAAAUGUGGGGGAAAAACGAGCAGCUCAUGGAGGACGGUGAGCUCACUUUUCAGAAGAGCGUGUUUGUGGUUUGAAAAUGUUUCUUUUUUUUUAUUAUUAUUAUUAUUAUUUCUUAAAUGUUGAAUGAGUGCGACACAAAAUGGACUGCUGCCAGCUCACUUGAACACUGAAAACACUUUCUACUUGGCUGUAUAGAGAUUAUGGUACUUUUAUGUCAAUGUGAAACUCGUUUUCUUCAGUAAGGGCCACAAACAUGGAUAUCUAUAUAUAUUUAUAAGAAUAUAUAUAUAAUAUUUAAAGUAAGCAUUGUAGGGUCCUGCCAUUUGAAGCAGAGGGAGAAGAAUAAGUGCUGGUUACCUGGCUAAAUAGUACUUGUUUUAUUUUUUGGGGGGGAUGUCUUUAGCCAAUAGAUGUCGCUGUUGGACAGCAGCAGAAUGGCCUUUUUUUUUAUUCCCCCCCCUUUUACAGUUCUUGUGUUCUUCCUCUUUAUUUAUCUAAAAGUGUGCGAUCAACACUUUGAGCUGCUUUCUCACAUUGUUUAAAGUACCCGAUCAGAUCAGGCGUUAACGAGAGGAAUUACCCAAGCCUUUGGCUGUCGGCGUCGGGGCGUGCGCAUGCAGAGAGAGAGGGGGGGGCGGCUGUCGUUUGGGACGAAGGACGUGGAAAGUUGUUGGGUCGGGGAGGGUUUAGCUUAGGCUCGAGGGUGGGAUUUUUAAAGUAAUAUUUAAUCGGGAUAAUGUAAACGUAAGUACAACCCCUAGUUUUAGUUGCCUUGAUGCCAACCUUAGCGGCUUUCGCGGAUUUUAUUAACUUUUGAGGAUUAAAAUAUGUUUAUGAUCUAACGUUUCUCGCCGGCAUGUGCUGAAUUUUCUAAAUUUAGAUACUCUGUGCAAGCAUUAUCAGCCCUCAGGUUUCUGGAUGCCUGGUCAAGAAACCAAAAGUGGGAGUCGGUUCCACAGGAGAGGAGCCUGAUAACUAAAAGUUACUAUAUUCGUUAGAUGUGCAAGAAACGCUUCUAAUGAAUAGAUGUAGUUUCUUGCCGACAUGUUUGAAAUGUCCACUUCUUUUUUGUAAAGACAACAAUUGUGUAAUCUUCCAUAGGAAUAGCUGGUCUUGAGUGCUGGAAAUGAUUUAUCUCUGCUGCUCUGAAUGAGUUUUGAGCCCAUUUGUGCCCCAAUAAUACCGUUCUGGUCAGAAGAUCCCAUACACAAUGUUUUUUAGGCAGGAUUGUCCUGUUCAUUUUGGGCUUUCAAUGGUUUAUUUGAGUCGUUCGUUUCUUGAAUCCAGCUGAUAACAGAAGUUUUUCCCUCAGCAAGACGCUGAAAAGCCCAACAGUUCCUGUAGUUCUCUACAAGCUCCUGGCAUAAUUCUGACGGCAUGUUGGAGCGCUCAUUUUUACAGAAAUAGUUCAACAAAGCUUAGCUGGUUUGAUUCCUAGUGGACACCAGGCAGCUUUUUAGCGAGGCUUGUGUCCAUGACGUAGAUGAUGAUGAUGAUGUUUGAAACCACGAGAACCUUGAGACUGAUUCAAGAACAGAGUUGCUGUGUUGCACUAAAUUCAAAGGCACAUCUUGAUGUCCUGCAAUAUAUUUAGGUGUCAAUUUUAGCUUUGAAAUUCAUGUUUUAACAGAAUAAAUGUUUAUCCCAGCUUAUAUGAACUUGCUGUCGCUCUCCUGGCCCGCUCACGUCAUCUGUGCCUUGCUGAAAGGCAUUUUAUCAACCAGUUGACUGCUUAUUACUGAAUGUUUUACUGGUGGUUAAGCUUUACUGCCUGGACAUGAGUUUUAGUUGCCGCCGAAGAUUAACACUUUUUCAGUUUUAGCUCGGCGAGGCUUUGCUGGGUUAAAUGAAGGUCAUCAGUAUGAGCACGGUUACAAAGUAGCAGAUUCACGUCACAACCCUCAACGUUUAUUUCCACUCUCUCCCUUAAUUCAGCCGCUAAAGGUCAUAGUCGGAAUUUGUUGGCAUCACAAACUGUCCAUUUAUUCAGUUUAACCUUUUUAAGACCUGAGAAUUGGCUGCUUGAUAGCUAAACAUGAUCAGUUUCUCUUCAAAACAUCUUUUUCUUUCUAACAGAUCUACAAUUGAGGUUUAGAAGCGAUCAGACAUAUACGUUUGAAGAAGAUCUAAUUUUUUUUUUUAGUCUUUUUUUUCUCCAAGUGUCUAAACGCCUUUGGAUCAAAAUUCUCUAGUCUUAAGCGGUUGAAGCUUCACACACCAAGUCUGUGUUAAUCACUCUGCCUGUUAAGCAUUUAUUGGCCACGUGAUGGCACAGUAGAGCGAUUGAAGUCCUUUUAAAUCCACAGCAGCCAUCCGUCUUCCUGAUCAAACAAGCAAUGACUGUAAUAAAUGAUUGCCCCUUUUUUAAAAAGGAAGUAAAAUACAGUACAGCUCGGCCUAUUUAUGUAUCUUUUUGCAUAAUUUUGACCACAUGUGGAUUCGAGAGAACAUACAAUAACUUAUUUUAAUUGGUAAAAUGAUUCCUCCUUGGUUCCAGAGCGGCUCAAAUAAAUUGUUAUAAGCCCAAAAUCUGUGCAGGAAAACUUGUGACCAUAACUUUGUGAUCUUUGAAGCAAUCGCCAGACAUGGCAGUGUAAGAUGCAACGCUGUUCAGUAAUAGUACAAUGUCAUGUUGAGGUGGAGAGCAAUAAUUAGACUCGCAUAUACCUCAUGCCUCUGCAAACCAGGUACAAAGGUGUGGAGGUUUGUAUGUAGCAGAAAUGCUGUUUAAAAUGUCACGUUUUUGUACGAUUAUAUUUAAACAGGUGUUAUUUUUGGGAGGGGGGGGGGUCAUAUUCUUUUUUUACGUGACACUUGUGUGAACCGUUGUGACAUGUAGCUGAUACCAGCCAGUGUUCAAUCCUUUAACCGUCUCUCAGCUCCAUGUUGCAAUCAGUGUAUCGUUUCUUAUUGUUUACAGGAACUGUACAAAACACUACACCCAACGUAAUAAUGCCAGUUUGAUUUUACGCCAUUUCAUCCCUACAUAGCCAAAUAUCUGCAGCCAGCAUUUUUUUUUUUUACAUUACACGGUCUGUUUGAGUUAAAAUGUGACUGAAUGGGGACAAAACAAUAAAAACUGCUGUUACAUUGAAA